AUGGAAGGGGGCACCACGGCCACGGAGGCCUACCAGUAUGUGGGGCCUUUUCGCCUCGAAAAGACCCUGGGCAAGGGGCAAACUGGCCUCGUUAAGCUGGGUGUACAUUGUGUAACUGGUAAAAAGGUGGCAAUCAAAAUUAUCAACAGAGAAAAACUUAGCGAAUCUGUGCUUAUGAAGGUGGAACGCGAAAUAGCCAUAAUGAAAUUAAUUGAGCAUCCACACGUAUUGGGGUUAUCUGAUGUUUACGAAAAUAAGAAAUAUCUGUAUUUAGUUCUAGAACACGUUAGUGGGGGUGAAUUGUUUGAUUAUUUAGUGAAGAAGGGUAGGCUAACCCCAAAAGAAGCGCGAAGAUUUUUCCGACAAAUAAUAUCUGCUUUGGAUUUCUGUCACAGCCAUUCUAUAUGCCACCGAGAUUUGAAACCAGAAAAUCUGCUGUUGGACGAGCGGAAUAACAUUAAAAUUGCUGACUUCGGGAUGGCGUCGCUUCAGCCUGCUGGUUCUCUAUUGGAGACGUCAUGUGGAAGCCCGCAUUAUGCUUGCCCUGAAGUUAUAAGGGUAUGUAAUGGUGUACCUACGCUAAUUAAGCGUAUCUAG